UUUAUUAAUUUGUUUUUUUUUCAUUAGAUAUGGAUCGAGAUAAGUUAAUUGCAUUUGCCUUGCUGACUGGAAGUGACUACACUCAAGGCAUACGUGGUGUUGGUCCAGUAACUGCCAUGGAAAUCUUGAGUGAAUUUCCUGGAAAUGGUUUAGAAUCUCUUCAGAAUUUUAGAAAAUGGUGGGAAGGGUUUCAACAUGGCAAAGAACUGCCAAAAAAUUCUACAUUAGUGAAGUUACAAAAAUUGGAACUAAGUGAAGGAUUUCCAAGCAGCGUUGUGUAUAAUGCAUACAUUAACCCUGCUAUUGACCAGUCUGCAGAAUCUUUUUCAUGGGGUCAUCCUGACCUUGACAGUCUUAGAGAGUUUGCGGAAGAAAAAUUUGGUUGGAGCUUGAAAAAGGUUAAUGAAAUACUAUUGCCUGUUAUGAAGAAAAUUAAUGAAAAUCAGAUGCAAACAAGAAUUGACAGCUUUUUUACUAUUCAAUUAAACAAAAAGGAGAAUCUUUUCCCAAGUAAAAGGCUUCAAAAAGCAGUGAAAAAGAUGCUUCCGGGAAAGAAUGAUACUAUAGAUGAGCCGAAAAACAAAAGGAAAAGAUCGGAUCAGAAGAAAAAGAUUCUUACAAGAAAAAGAUCCAAGCAACAAUCAGAUAAAUCAGAUACAAGUAAAAAACAGCCUGUCGAAGUUAUCUUAUCAGAAGAAAGCUCAUCGAAUUCUUCUGGCGUGCAGUGACAUUUGAUAGGGAAGCUGUGUUUCUGUAAGAAGCCGACAUCCAGAGGCAAUCAGUCACUUGCGCAUCAGUGAUGGUCUAGGGUCCAUUUGUAUCGUUUAUUCGAUAA